GGUUGUGAGUAAGUAAGUGGUUAGUAGGUUACUCGGUGCAACAUGACUGACAAAGCUCCUCAGAAGACUCACUUGAACAUUGUGAUUAUUGGACAUGUUGAUUCUGGGAAAUCCACCACCACCGGACACCUCAUCUACAAGUGCGGGGGCUUUGACCCCAGGGCCCUGGAGAAGGUGGAGGCGGCUGCUGCUCAGCUUGGCAAGAGCUCCUUCAAGUUUGCCUGGAUCCUGGAUAAGCUGAAGGCUGAGAGGGAGCGAGGAAUCACCAUCGACAUCUCCCUAUGGAAGUUCCAGACCAACAGGUUCACAAUCACCAUAAUCGAUGCCCCGGGGCACAGGGACUUCAUUAAGAACAUGAUCACGGGCACCUCUCAGGCAGAUGUUGCUCUCCUGGUGGUCUCUGCGGCUACAGGGGAAUUUGAGGCCGGUGUGUCCAGAAAUGGCCAAACAAGGGAACAUGCUCUUCUGGCCUACACCAUGGGGGUCAAGCAACUGAUCGUCUGCGUGAACAAAAUGGAUCUGACGGACCCUCCCUACAGCCACAAGAGAUUUGAUGAAGUUGUCAGGAAUGUGAUGGUCUAUCUGAAAAAGAUUGGGUACAACCCGGCUACCAUCCCCUUCGUGCCUGUGUCUGGCUGGACGGGAGAGAAUAUAUCUUCGCCCAGUCAAAAGAUGGGUUGGUUUAAAGGUUGGAAGGUGAAACGAAAAGAUGGCUUUACAAAGGGCCAAUCCCUCUUGGAGGUUCUGGAUGCGCUUGUACCUCCAGUGAGGCCGGCAAAUAAGCCUCUGCGGCUCCCGCUGCAGGAUGUAUACAAGAUAGGGGGCAUUGGUACAGUCCCUGUGGGCAAGAUAGAAACUGGGAUUCUGAAGCCAGGCAUGACCAUCUCCUUUGCACCGUCUGGUUUCUCAGCUGAAGUUAAAUCCAUAGAAAUGCACCACGAGCCGCUUCAGAUGGCCUUCCCAGGGUUCAACAUCGGAUUCAAUGUCAAGAACAUUGCUGUGAAAAGUCUAAAGCGUGGCAAUGUGGCGGGCAAUUCAAAGAGUGACCCACCGACUGAGGCCUCCAGCUUCACUGCCCAGGUGAUCAUUCUGAACCACCCGGGCUUUAUCAAAGCCGGAUAUUCACCGGUUAUCGACUGUCACACUGCACACAUCACAUGCCAGUUUGCAGAACUGCAGGAAAAGAUUGACAGGCGGACUGGCAAAAAGCUAGAGGACAACCCGGGGCUACUGAAAUCUGGAGAUGCCGCCAUCAUAACCCUGAAGCCCAUCAAGCCCUUCUGUGUGGAGAGGUUCUUUGAUUAUCCACCUCUAGGGAGGUUUGCAGCCCGAGACCUAAAACAGACUGUUGCCGUCGGGGUUGUGAAGUCGGUGGAGCACAAAGCUGGAGCUGCUGCCAGGAGACAAGUCCAAAAACCAGUGUUGGUGAAGUGACUUUAUGCAGAAUUGGAGACGUAAAGAAAGUGCUUAGGCCGGAGCAGGCCACUAAUUUAUUUUUUGUUUGGUUGUGACAGUUUUACAUGACAGUGAAAAGGAAACUGUUGUAUGUAAAGUAAAUAAACUG